AAUGCAUAGACAGACGCCAAAAAAGGAGGCGGAAUAUUUUGUCCAUUAGCAGAAUCGCGGAUCUUUAUAUUAUUAGCUGCUUGGGAGCAAAUUAUAUGAAAACGUAAACAAACGACUAUAGAAAAGUAUUACACAAGAAGGGGGGAAAUAGACGAUGGAGACUGAUGGGGACCAGAAUGCAGGUUCUGCUAAUGGAAACACUCCGUCUGGGGGAAACUCUCGCCCACCUCAGAUAUCUCAAAUGUCUUUGUAUGAGAGACAGGCUGUACAGGCUCUCCAGGCCCUGCAGAGGCAGCCCAAUGCGGCCCAGUACUUCCAGCAACUGAUGCUGCAGCAGCAGAUUAGCAGCGCCCAGCUCCAGAACCUUGCGGCUGUGCAGCAGGCCACCCUUGCAGCCAGCCGUCAGUCCAGUUCCCCCAGUAACAGUGUCUCCCAAGCCACCAGCACAGCUCACUGCACCGUGAACUUAAGUUCUUCAGGAGGGGGAGCCAUGAGCAACCCUCGGCCUCUUGGCCCCACCUCCUCUACGACAUCAUCAGCCCUGAGUCAGUCGGUACUGCUGGGUGGAAACACAGCUGGACAGGGACAGAUGUUCCUCAGAGUAAAUCGCUCUCUUAGGACACCACUCUCCUCGCAGCUUAUAUUCAUGCCUUCUGGCACAGCAACAGCUGCUGUAGCAACAGUCACCCAGCAACAGGCCCAGCAACAUCAGCAACACGAAGUUACUCCCGUCUCUUCUAAUAGCCAGUCCGAUACCGACCAAGUCCAGAACCUGGCCCUCCGCUCCAGUUCUCAAGUUGCCACAGUGAAGACAGAGUGCCCCGACCGGAAGGACACAGCCGCCUACUCUAUGGUCCAACAGCCGCAACAACAGUUCCCCCAGACUGCACAGCAGACCACAGGGCAGCAGCUACAGCCCCCACAACAGCAACAAAUGCACGCUAAACUGCCCUCUUACACCCAACCCUCCACUCCCACUCUUCCCAGUAUGAACCUCAAAACUGGAAACCAGCCCAGCAUGGCCCCUCCACCAGCCCCUCCGCUCCCACCCUCUUCCUCCCCUUCUCCAUCCAUUCCUCUCUCUCAGCUUCUUCUCUCUACUUCUGGCUUCUGUCAAGCACGUGCUGUCACCACAGUUACCUCAGCUACCACGGCGACUCACAUCUUGGUUCCGACUUCCAACACCCCGACCCCAUCGCAAGGAUAUCCUGUCAGCUCUGUAGGGCCCAAACCUAAUAUUAACACCCAGACACUGGUGGUUCAACCACUCCAGCAAACCAACACUAACAUAAGCUCUGAGAAGAUGGCCCAUACUUCUGGGCCUGUCCCCAUUCAGCCGAAAACUGUCCAAGGCCUCCGCUUGCCCCUCCAGCUUCCCUCAAGGCAUCCCCCUCCAAUUCUACCUGCACCACCAAGCAACCCCCAAUCCAGUACCUCUCACCUGCCGCCGCAUGUUCCUGUUCAGCUGGUGGGUGCUAGGCAGGGUUCUCUAGGAAACUCCCAGGCUUUGGCUCUAGCACAGGCCCGAAACUGCUGUGCCCAGGAUAGCGGGUCUCUGAAUAACUCCACCAGCAAGGUGACCUCCGUGGCCACAGGAGGAGGCGUGGGGGUUGGUGGAGGCACCAGUGCGGGCCUGAAGUCAACCCAGAGUGCGCCGCCUUUGACCCAGGUCUCUCAGAUUCACCUGCCUGCCACUCAGGGUCCUGUGCUACAUCCAGCUCGCUCUUCCUCCUCUACCUCAUCCUCUGCCUCCAAUUCUUCUGCUCCCUGCCUCUCUGUCGCCCACCCUUUGGACAUCCAGGCUACCCCGUCACUGGCAGUGCCUCCUAGUGGAGAUCCAGUGCAUGUGCAGUCUAUUCAGAUGCAGGGAAAACCUGCAGCUGGCUCUCUGAAGAGGAAGUCGGAGUCUGAUGUGAACGUGUUGGUGGCCGGGCCCAGCCUUGUCUCCACCCCCCCAGCCAGAGAGCUAUCCCCUCCUAUCUUAACCCCAGCUAUUGAAGAAGCCCAUGGCAUCACUCCCACUCCAUCCAGCCUGUCCCUUUCAACUUGUCGAGCAGGAGGUGGGCAGGAGAAGGGCCCCCCUCCCCAGGCUGUAGUCAAACCCCAAGUCCUCACUCACCUAAUUGAGGGCUUUGUCAUCCAGGAAGGUGCAGAGCCCUUUCCAGUUACUGGACCAGUGAAGGAUCGAUCUGAUGGGACAUUGCCAAUGGCCGUACCACCUGCAGACCAGACAGAGUCUGAGUCUCCUGCAGUGAUGAAGUGUGAAUACUGUGAAGGUUUUGCUCCAGCGAACCAGUUCCGGGGCUCCAAGCGCUUCUGCUCCAUGACUUGUGCCAAGAGAUACAACGUGAGCUGCAGCCACCAGUACCGCUCACGGCGUGGCCGGGCCCUGCGAGGUGUGGCCGGGGGGCCUGCAGGCCCAGAUGGCAUCCUGAGGCGCAGGGGUCCUCGCAGAAGCAGUUCAGAAAUUGCCAGUGCCAAAAUAGCGGGAAGACACCUGCCCGUCAAGUGUCGAUCAGAGUCCAGCCGCUCCGAAGAUAUCUCCAGCUGUGAGGAGGAAGAAGAGGAAGACUCGCUGUCUCUGUCUCCAGGCUCGUCGUUUUCUGUCCCUCGGCCUGCUCAUUGCAGGCCCCAGCUAGAAGGGCAGGCCCCCGGGGGGCUCUCGCUAGACGGGGCCCAGUUCCUGUCUGGGAGCCCUUCUCACUGGAGCGUAGAGGAAGUGUGUCAGUUUAUCUCGUCUCUGCAAGGCUGUGAGGACCUGGCGAAUCAAUUCCUCUCGCAGGAGAUUGACGGUCAGGCCCUACUUCUGCUGAGGGAGGAGCACCUCAUGUCCACCAUGAAUAUCAAGCUGGGGCCUGCACUUAAGAUCUGCGCCUCCAUCAACAACCUGAGGGACUGAGACACUGAUAGGACCUGUCCGGGUGGGCUGUACCACACCUCUUCACUUGGGCGGGGGGGAGCUGUACCACACCUCUUCACUUGGGGGGUGGGCUGUACCGCACCUCUUCUUUGGGGGGUUAGGGGUGGUAUGACAGGAGGAGGAGAAAGAUUGUGUAAGGGCUUAGAUUCCAUUCUAUGGAGACUUUUUUUCUGUGUUUUGUGAAAGAGGGCAGUAAUAUAUCCGAAAAAAGGUCACCAUAAUGCCAGACUUCUGAAUGUGUAUUUGUGAGAGGGCAGUUAAGGAUUAGCUGUCUGUUUCUCAGCAAACAUUACCUACAUUUGGCCAUCUCUGCUCAUAUGUAAUGAAGGAAGGCGAUCAUCAUCAUUAUUCAUUAGUUGACUAAAACAACAUCUGAUGUCAAAGAGUUGCCUUUUCACUGUUUCAGUGGUGUUUUAGUGAAGUAAUAUAGUAUUAGAGUUCAAAAAUAGCAAUACCAGGUUCCUCUGUUCCAAAGCAUACAGUGAACUACAUUGUCCAUCAUUCCAUGUGAAGUUUUUGUUCUACACUGAUGGACAGACAACUGUGAUUCCAAAUAUACUGGAAUGAAAAGUAUGACUGAAUUACUUUUACUUUUUUUUACACAAUUGAGGUCUGGUUUAUAGCCAUUUUAAUCUACUAAAACAGUAUUUUGUUAUUACAGUUUUGAUCUAUGAACCUAUCAUUGUUAAUCUUCUGCUAAAGUAUCUACAUGUUGAUUAGCCUACUGCUUAUGGCUCUAGAAAUAAAAGACUAUUAAUGGAUA